UUCCAGCGGAACAUGAUGUUAAGAGGCGUUGGAUGCUGCUGGUGAAGAGAGUGGCUCGUUAAUGAUGCUGCCCAGCGCUACAUGACACUGAGCGGGCAUGUUUCGAUGAAAGUCUUAUUUUGAUCGACACAGCUGGCAGCAGUGAACAUGGAGUUCUUAAUGCACAAACCUUGACCUUGAACCCACUGCAAGGUGGGAAAGCCUGGCAGUGAGAGCACUUCUUCCAUCCAGCCCACCUCUUAUGUCAUGUUGCUCCUCAUGAGGCGUUUUGGCUAAUGAGGCACCCAAAGAUGCCCGCCACUGCAGAAAAUAGCCCUUAGCAAGGCAUCCAACCGAAUUAUCCCAAGCACACCUUCACUUUCAUUAUUCAUUCCCUGUUCUGCCACAAUCCUUUGGAGGAUGAUCGCUUGCUGAUUUUUCCUCACCAGACUUCACCAUUCUCCCUGGUCUUCUGGUGUCCAGUGGGAGAAAGGUCUUGGGAUGGCAAGGGCUGCCAUCUAAAGAAGCUUCUGAAUUGUGGGAUGAGAUUGCAAGCUACACAGCCCACUGCCACCAAUGGAUGCCAAGCUGCGAGAAGACCUGUUCCGCAGGUAUGUGGUGUCUCUGGAGAAACAGCUUGAGGAAGGAGAUGGUGAAGGAGGAGUAGACAAGCAAGGAGCUACGACUGAGGAGGCACUGAUUUCUACAGCAACAGCACUGCUGGGCUCAUACCAGUCGGAUCCAGGGCAACGCUUUCACUUGGUGCGGUUCUAUGACAUAGCUGAGAACUCGCUACGGACUCAGAGGGGCACAAACCUGCAGACUUUGGAGAUGGCCUUUGCAACAAUGGAAACCAUCUGUACCAACUUGCUGCUCUUUCCAUGGAAGAAAGAGUUCCGUUGCAUAAAGACAUUCACAGGGCCGUAUGUGUACCAGUUGCAAUCGGUGAUAUGUGACGCAGACCUGCAUUCACUGCUGCGUUCCAUGGGCUAUUCAAGAGACCAGGAACUUCAGUAUCAUGUUAGGGACCAUCCAGGCGGAUCUACCCACCUUCGACAGUUGGCCUUCGAACUGCUCCUCACCCAGGCUGAAUGCCGUUUACUUGCUGAGGUGGUUUCUAUGUCUCGGGGUUCAGCCUCGGAGCUGGAGGCUGUUGAGGUGAGAAGGAGCACCAGGGAAGAUGCUGCAGGGUGUGCGGAUGCCCUUCGCCGACAGGAUAGCCUUAGAGGUGACUUGGCCCGCCUGUCGGUGCGGCCAGUAGAUAUCGAACGCGCCCACCUCAGGCGAAGCAGUCGGCCGUACAAGUCGGUGGACGUUACCGACAGUGCAGGACACUGGCACCAAGCCAGCAAGCCAGUGCUAAAGACAUCGCUCAGCCUGCGCAAAGAGCCAUUAUUUGUCGACACAGAAGAGGACAUAAAGGAUGAAAUCAUCCGACCUAACCUCUCGCUUUACCCCGUGGCAGCCCCAACAUCUUACAGCCCUGUCGCCGACUUCUUCCCUAUUCAGUCACCCCCGUCCGAGCCAUACUCCUGCCACUUGUCCUCCCUGGAUGAGGUGGACUUGUACACUGAGCGGGGCUUGGGUGGGCAUCAGACGCCCUCUAGGCCUCCUAGCCGGGAGCCGCGAGAAGCCCGGGACAGUUGGGUUCUGAAGGGGCACGUGAUGAAGUGCCAAGGCUGUGGCAUGGGCUGCCCUUCGCUUUCAUCUUGCCAGAGGUGCGACAUGAUCCUGUGUCCGUCCUGCCACACCGUGGAACCUGCACCUUGUUGCGGCUUCCAGGAUUACUCGAAAACUUCCCGCCCUCUGGACGUCUACAUGCACAUGAAGGAGAAGCUGUCUGUCUACUCUAACGCCCACUCCCACACUCACCCUAAUCCCCACCCACUUCCCCACACCCAGUCCCACUCGCUGUUGCUGGACAAAGCUGUGAUGAGCACCAAGCUGUUUCCCAGUAAAUCCGUGGGUCCCAGUGCCAGUCCGGUGGUCAGCUCCGGCAGCAGUGUCGCAGUAGGUCCUCAUGGUGGCAUGGAUACUCACCUCAAUCCUGGUGGCGUAGGACAAGUCUCAGUUGCCUCCAUUUCUGAGACCGUCAAUCCGUGCAUCUUAUCACGUGGCUCGUUGUGCAUGACAUCACGGAGACUCACAGCAUGUGGAGGCUCAUGCUACUCUCCAUGAUCCACGCACAACUUACGACGUGCCCCACUGAGAGCGAGAACCACUAAUCGCGACCACGAGGAGGUGACAUCUCUAGCAACCGGGCCAAUAUGGUUGCUUAGGAGACCUGGCUGGAGUCACUCAGCACACCCUGGACACAAACUCACGACUCCAGGGGUGGUAGUUAGCAUCAAUACGCGCUGAGCUACCCAGGCCCAGGAUUUGGUAAUUAAAUGUGUACAUCAUUUAUUUCUAUACUUGCCUUCAUAUUUAAAUCAUCAUAUAAAUGUAUACUCCCUAUUUGCCAAAUUAUUGUUGUUGUUAGGCAACUAUUAAUUAUAAUAAUAUCUAUAAAACCAGCAAUGAUGAUGAUGAUAAUAAUGAUAAUAAAAAUAAUGGAAUCUGAGUAAAUAUUAAGUAUGAAUUUUAUUGAAUUCAUCAAUCCCCUCAACAGCAAGGUUUGGUAGCAAACCUCAGAAAACAAUUCACAAAACCAACAAUAUUACUAACUUUUUCCAAAGCUUCAUUUGAAAUGUUUAGAUCUUUCUUUAUGUUUAGGGGGUGUGUGCUCUGACAUCACAAUUCAUGAGUGCCUUCUCACAUGCAACAAGCAUUGCGUGACUGUGUCAACGUUUUUGCAAAAUAAAAGUAUGUGGUGCAUUACACGUCUCAGGGCAGUUCCGAAGUAAAAUGUCCACUGUGUGGCGCUAAAAGCGAGUGAAAUGUUCUCCCAAACAAAUGAGGUUUUUAAGGUUAAUGUUCUAUUGAGAUUGAAAUCAACAAAACCAACCUCCCUACCCUAAACCUUAAACCUUAAACCUAAACCUAACUGACAGGGUCAGAAAAAGCUAGAUGAAAAAUGCAACAAUGUAAUUUUGUGGUGCUUCUAUGACACUUUUGGCUCACGUGUCAACUCUUUAUGACUCGUACACCGAUUCUUUUGUAUUGCAUAUACAACAGUCUAUCAGUUGAGCUACCACACAAUCUGAUCACACUCGAACAAGCUUGUAAAAGUAGCUGGUUAUGUAAUGCAAAUGUUAAAAUGAGUCAUGCGCUAUAGUAAAAGUGUCAUAAGAUCGCAUUGUGUGAAUUACAGAGUGAAAAGUAAGUGUUUAUGAACUGAUAAUCUGCCAUUUUACUCGUGAUUUGAGUGAAAGAGGAUAAAAGUCAUUGUUGUUUUAGCACCUCUAGUGUUCAUUCCACCAGGAAAAUGUAAAUGUUACGUAUAACAGGCCACAUAAAAAAUAUUUUGUAAAAAUGUUGUUAUUGUAACAUGAUUCUAGGAUCAGGUUGCGAAUGCCACGGGGGGAGAAAUAUGACAGUCGUCAGAGACAGUAAAAAGGCGAUUUAACAAACCAAUCAAAUUUAACAACAUCCUCUCUCACAUAAUCUUCUCUACUGAUUUCAUUCUAGUCAGGAGAAAAGUUACUUUUUACUUUUUUAAUACUUAAGUACAAUUUAAUGUGAUGUACUAUUUUUCUUUCGCUCAAGUAUACUUUUGGCUAGAUACUUGGACUUUUAAUUGAGUAAAAUGUUUACUCGGUAUCCAUACUUUAACUUCUGAGUACUUUUUACACCCCUGAUUGCUGAUAUACUCAUAGUAAAAUAUUAAAUUUAAGUUUUUUGUGGCAUACCGUAGCCUGUAUGUUCUAAUGCUCUUUAAUAUUGCAUAUAUUUACUCUUGCUUGUACUAUAUUCUUGCAUUUUUAUAAUAAAAAUAGUUAUUCUCUGCGAAGUGCUGCCUACUCACACUAAUUGUACAUACUGUACAUUCUCUUAAAAAUCAGUAAACUGCAUUGAAUGACAUGAUACCGUUUUUAUUCCGUUUCACUUAAAAUUAUAUUAAAAUAUAUAAAAGUAUUAGUAAAACAAAGCAAGUCAAAAAAGCAGUUAAAAUAGCCAAAUCUAUCAGAUAUUUCU